AGACGGACAGAAGGAAAGAGGUGUUGUUGUUGUUUCAGAAAUAUCCGAAUAUCGCUGACCAUGAAAGUAAUUGAAUUAAUUUAAUUAGAUUUAUUUUUCUUAACUUAGGCUAUAGGAAAUUAUUUCUUAUUAACUACUACCUUUUAAAAUGUCUUAACAUUAAAUGUCACAUCAAACAUGACAUCUUCAAGCUGCAACCGUAAGAACAAAUUAUUAAAAGUUGUUAUCCUGGGCGAUGGAGGUGUUGGAAAGUCAUGUAUAAUGAACAGAUUUGUUAGUAACAGUUUUGAUAGUCACUCUUUCCAUACAGUCGGGGUUGAAUUUUUUAAUAAGGACAUUGAAGUAGAUGGAGAAAAUUAUACUCUUCAGCUAUGGGACACGGCCGGUCAGGAACGAUUCAAAAGUUUAAGAACCCCUUUUUAUCGAGGAACAGAUAUUUGUAUGUUGUCUUAUUCAAUUGAUGACCAGAAAAGUUUUGAGAAUUUAACAAUGUGGAGAGACGAAUUUAUUUUCUAUUCAGGAGUGCAAGAUGCUCAGCAAUACCCGUUCUUGGUUGUUGGAAACAAGGUGGAUCUCGGAGAGGAGAGUCGGAAAGUUAACGAGGGUGAAGUGGAAGCUUGGUGUGAAGCUAAGGGUAAGCUGCCACACAUCGAGACUAGCGCGAAGGACGCCAUCAACGUAGACAAAGCGUUUGCCUUGGCUGUGGAACGAUGGAACAAACUCGAAGAGUUCAUAGAACGAUCAAAUGAUUACAAAGCCGACAUGGUUGAUCUGAGAAGGCAUCGUGGAACCAAAGAGAAUACCAAAUCAGGCUGUUGUUCUUAAAUUUGUAUCCAUACAGUAUUCAUACAAUCUUAAAUAUAUUUAUAUAUAUGUAUAUAAAAUAUUUAAAUAUUUUUAUCGUAUUUACUUAUACUGUAAGUAAAAAAUAUUUUUAUAUGACUUUUGAGGGACCACUAUAUGUAAACAUAUCACCAGUAUUAGUUACCAAUGAUGUAUAAAUCAUACAAUCAUAUAAAGUAAACAAUUUUAUUGAUUGUUCAGACUAUAAUGUUGCAAUAAAUUUACAAGUUUCAUGUUUA